CACCUCUAUACGGGCCCCAAUAGUUACGUCAUCAUCAAAACACGUAUCAAAAUUUAAGUUAUAUUUUCAAGGAUACGGAUCUAUUUUCACCGUUUUCCUGCAUAAAAAGAAGCCGGGUUAAUUCUGAAGGUUGAAUAAUCGAACAAACAAAGCGAAAGGAAGAGGUUAUCCUAACAAAACAGAACGGUAUAAACCGUAAAGGUCUGAAUCAUGGAAGAAGCGAUGAGCCAAGAGUGUGUUUCUAACACUAAUGUUCCUGAUGCUAAGCCUGUGUCAGAGACAGAUGCCUUCCCAUUUGGAAAAUCAAAAGCACAAAGUGGUAAACCAGUUGCCACUACAAUACAGACAGCGACCGAGUUCUUCUCCCACAAGUACAAGAUGGACUAUCCAAACAGGGGUAAAGCCAUCAUCAUCAACAACAAGACAUUUAACCCUAAGACCAAGCUGAAUGAACGGACCGGCACGGACAAGGACGCCACCGCUCUUCACAACCGUCUGUCUGAGCUCGGCUUUGAAGUAGAUCUCAAAAACAAUCUCACAGCAGACAAAAUAAAAGCUACACUACAGAGAGCCGCUGAACUGAAACACGAAGACAAUGACUGUUUCGCCUGCGCCAUUCUGUCCCAUGGGGAGGAUGGGUUUAUAUGGGGGAUAGACAAAUUGAUCCCCAUUAAUGACCUGAUGGAGCCCUUCAAAGGCAACAAAUGUCUCUCUCUGGCAGGAAAACCCAAAAUCUUCUUUAUCCAGGCUUGCCGUGGAACAAUGUUUGAUGACGGUGUGGACAUGAAUGUUUCAGACGCCAAAGGCUUCAUGGACGUAGAGCCUCAGUUUUUUCGCCAGAAGAUCCCAUCAGAGGCCGACUUCCUGAUUGCUUACUCUGUUGUUCCAGGUUACUACUCCUGGAGGAACUCAACCAAUGGCUCCUGGUUCGUCCAGGCGCUGUCCGACGUUUUGAAGAAGCAUGGCCAGACAAUGGACCUCCUGACCUUGAUGACACGUGUCAAUCAAAUCGUGGCCAACAAGUUCCAGUCCGACACCUCCCAUCCAGACAUGAACGAGAAGAAACAGAUCCCAUGUAUCACCUCCAUGCUGACCAAGGAAGUUUACUUCACCAGCAAAUAGAGGGGGCCAGUCCAGGAUAGCGAGGGGCGAGGUCUCUGAUUGGUGGAACGAGCAUCUUCUCUCAUGGCUUAAAGGGCACCUGCUCAACUGAUCAUGUGAUACAUGUACUGCAAGAGAGUGAUUGAGAAACAUGUUGGUCUUUUGAUGAUGAGUUUUGUAACUGUAAACAUUUGAUAACUCUAAUUCUGCAUUGUAAUGAUGUCAAUGAUAUUUCGAGUGUUACUGUACAAUUAUGUUUGCAAUUUAUUAGUAUUAUAAUAAUUAUUAAACAUUUGCAAAGGUCAAUAAACAAAAUACGAAGAC